CCAAUAUCUUAGGCACCUGAAUGCACCAACCAUUCUUGACUUCUAGCCAAAUGAAGGCAUUUCACGUUUUGGUUCAUAAUAUUCACUUCCAUCUCUAUCGUCACGCAGUAGAUCAAACUAUACCCGACAUAACUAGUCUAACAUGUCGAACCGACUGGCCAAUGACGGCGUGCAGCUCGUCACGGCCGGCAAGUAUGCCCAGGGCAUUGAGAAGCUCACCCAAGCUCUGAAAGACCGUCCUGCACCGCUCUGGCUGCUCGAGCGAUCGAAGGCCUACCUGAGAACCAAGGAGCUUGACCUCGCCCUUCAUGAUGCCGAGACGGCCCUCUCCGUUGCCUUCAAGCGAGCCAAUCGCGACCACAUGAUCGAAGCACAGCUCCGACGGGCAAUCACCCUCUUCAGAAUGGAGCGCUAUGCCGAUGCUGAUGUCUGCGCAUAUUGGGCGAUUAGCCUGGUAGAUGGCGCCAAGGCAACCGCAGACGAUGGCCAGCAGAAUCUGGUUGACGCAAAUGGGGACUACAAAGUGACGCUAGGGCAAGUCGAAGCUGCCAAUCAAGCCGAGUAUGAACUGAAGAAAAAGGAGGGUAUGAAUGCUGCCAUGGGCAAUACAGACAAUCGAUCCAAGGGCACCAGUCUGCGAAACCAAGCCUCGACGUGGCGUCUCCAAGCUUUGACCGCGAUGGAGAAGUUGCCAGCUCGAGCACCAGGUCGAAAGGUCGAAGUGGUCAAGUAUCCGACGCCUUCAGCAGAACCGCCGACAACAAAACCCGCGCAAUCAACUGAUAAGGUCGUGGAGAUUGAAAGCGACGGUGAACAGGAGGCAACGAAGCCUGAGAUCCCGGAGGCAAUCCUGAAUCACGCUCUAGGCAAGAAUCACGAGGACGAGGCUUGGAGGGUCAUCUUCAAGAACUUUCAAGACUGCAGAAACAAGAACAAUUUACGAACCGACUUCUAUCAGACUGAUACCGCGCUCACAGCAAGCAUCUUCGUCAAGAACGUCUCCAAGGAUGACCUGAAGGUGGACUCCACUGAGCAGAGCAUCACCCUCAGUCCCAUUCCAAGCGUUCCAUCUGGAUCCGUCACUCUGAACCUAUUUGACAAGAUCAAACCCUCUGAGACGCAAUACACUGUCAAGUCGAUGAAGAUUGAGCUAGUCAUGCAGAAAGCCACACCGGGAAAGUGGGGUGCCCUCAAGGCAGGAGAUGAGACUCUCAGCCGACUCAACACAGUUGGCAGAUUCUAUCACCACCUAGAGGAGCGCGAAUGUCCUAAUGCAAGUGACCUUUCUGCUGCUGGAUUCGGUGGGUAUAAUCAGGUUUGGUACAACCACGUGGUGGCGAAGCUGCAAGCGCCCAAAGCCUCCAAAGAAUCCAAACCCGAGCCCCAAAAACCUGCCAAACCUGUGGAACCAGAAAGAUCAUCCCACCUACCCUCUAUCAAAGCAACUACAAGGCCCGACCUCCCAUCGCUGUCGAACGAUGCAUUGCCACCAAGAAUGCCUGUCCCCGCGGCCAAGAACGCCCCACCUGCCUACCCAACCUCGUCCAAGUCGGGUCCUAAGAACUGGGACAGCGUUGCAGCCGAGGAAGAUGACUCGGACGAAGAGAAAGAAUCGGGCGACGUCAAUGACUUCUUCAAGAAGAUCUACGCAGGAGCCGACCCGGACGCUAAGCGUGCCAUGAUGAAGAGUUUCACUGAGAGCAAUGGGACGUCGCUGAGCACUGACUGGGCGAGCGCGUCGAAGACGAAGUAUAAGACGGAGCCGCCGGAGGGGGCUGAGGUAAAGGAAUGGGACAAGUAGAGUGUCUAAUCUGGUUUGAAACGGAGGCAGAAUUCUGAGGAUGAGGAUGGAAAUAGGGUACAGUAACCUGCAAAAGGCGUGUGACUGGAGUUUGAGGUGUGUGGGAUGAAUUAUACUGUUAGGGUCUUGAGAGAUCAGAUCGCUAGGGAAAAGUGAUACUAGGUUUCUAUGAUAGCUUAGUGAGCAUGGAAAACACCAUUCUUCUUUCCGCAGUUCCAUGUUCUAAGUUGCGAGUCUCGUGUAGUGAUUAAGCCACAGAAAGCUGAGGCCUAUUGUCACCAGUGGCUGAGCCAUUUGAUAGCCC